UUCAUAUUAUCAAAUUUUGCCGGCGCCCCCUUCAACAUACCCUAAGCUUAAGGACUCUAAACCCCUUUCUCCCCGCCACAGCACCUCUUCUCCCUCUUCAUUCCAUUACGGCCAUCAUCCAUGUUCUAAAGUUUAAAACUUUUUAUAAUCUUUUGGGUCAUUUUUCUCAGCUUAAGAAACCCUUUUCUUCUUCUCAUUCUUCCUCAACUUCUUUAUUGGUUUCAAUUAAAUCCACAGAUAAGAAGACAGAGCAGUCUGAGGAGUAGGAAAUUCGGGUGCUUGAACUCAUUGUAAGUCGUACGGACGGUACAAUCAUAAACGAGCCCAGCUAUCUAUCUCCAUACUCAGAGUCACAGAAAGAUGGGAAUGAAGGACAAGAAGAAGACCAAUAAGAACAAAAAGCUUGCCCAGACAAAUUUGGAGCUUAUUGAAAAGGAGAAAAGGUCACCUAUAGAGAUGAAAAAGAGAAAAAGGGAGAAGGAAAUCAAUAGUGACUCUCGAAAGGUUGUUCAUGUCUCCAUUGAAGAUAAAUCAGCCAAAGCAGCCAAAGAUAAGAAAAAGACUAAAUCACCAAAGAAAGUGAAGACAAAGAAAUCGAAGAACUAUAAAGCUUUGGAAAGCAAGCAGGAUCACCCAAAUACUGAGACUGAUGAUGAUUUUGAUGUAACAAAUGAUGAUGGAGUUACAGAUCUGAGCCAAUUUGAAACUCAGGAAGAGAAUGAAAGUGCUGAAGUUUUCAUUGAGGCUGGCAAGUCAAAGAAAGCUAAGAAAAAGAAAAGGAGGGAACAUGUCUCAUCAGAGUGCGGGAAGUCACUUGAAGAGGGAGUAGAAGAUGAUCUGGUUAACUGCUCAAAAGGAAUAUCAAGCAUAUCCAAGAAAGCUUCGAAAAAGAAAAAGAGGGAUGUUGAUUCAUCAAAGUCUAAGAAGACACUGGAGAGGCAAGUAGAAGCUGAUCAGGAUGACGUUUACCUUAUUUCUUCUGGGGAUGAGGAUUGUGCGAGGGGAAUGAAAAAAUGGGUUACGGAAUACCAUCAACGUAGACCUGGAUUGAAGGUACUGCAACAAAGAAUUGAUGACUUUAUCACUGCUCAUGAUGAAAAAUUGGAACAGGAAAGAAAAGAAAAAGAAGCCCGUGCUGCAGAAGGAGGAUGGACAGUUGUAGUACAUCAUAAAGGAAGGAAGAAGACCACGGAUGCUGAGAGUGGAAUUACAGUAGGGUCUGUCGCCCAGGCUGUUGUAGAGGACAAGGUGGCCAAGAAGAAGCGCACAGAAGUCGGGCUAGAUUUUUACCGGUUCCAAAGGAAAGAAGCUCAGAGGAAUGAAAUUAUGAUGCUGCAGAGCAAAUUUGAGCAAGAUAAAAAGCGGAUACAGCAGUUGAGAGCGGCUAGGAAGUUUCGACCAUACUGAACGCCUGAUAGUUUGUAUGAAGAAGAGCCACGAAUCAAAUUGCACUUUUCUAAAUAUUAAGCCAUGAAUAGUAUAAUGCGUAUUGCAUAACAAUUUUUCUCCCAAUACUGAUUUUCCCGCUUGGUUACAACAAGUGUAAUUGAUCUGUCCAUUGUUAUUCUUUUUGAGAGCGUUCAACUUUCACACAGUGAGAUACGAAUUCAUUGACUGGAAAUGCAGAAACAAUUGGGACCUGUUUAGGUCACUGUUUUCAA